UCACGUGAUCAACAACCGAUGACGUCACACUCACGUCACUGCUAUUGCUGCGACUCCUCCUAAUGAUCGUCUCAUAACUGUCGACAAGGAGGAACAGCUGAAAGGCUAGCAACCCGAGUAGCACAUCUGCGACGUCGUGCAUAUUUGGUAGGUAAAUCUGACACAACAAAAGAUGGUACGACCACAUUUUGGACCUCCACGCAUAAAGCCCAGACCUUAUGGAGAUGGCCAUGGCAGUGGACCCAGAGAAGGUAAUUAUUCCCCAAGCACAAAGACCAGAAGAGACCACCAUGGCGGCCCAGGAAAGCCCCCUGUACACUGGAGAGAAUCAAGGGGUGGAGGACGACCCCCAUCUGACAGAAGAGGUCCGCCUAUGGGAGAUCAAAGAGAGCCACGUUUUAAUAACUGGAGGUCCCACAAUCAGGAUUCCCAUCAGUCAUAUGCUCCUAAAAUGGAACCACACCACAGCCAGAGGAGGCCACCUUCAUCCAGACUGAAUCGCCCUCCUCAGGCCCAGCAUCAGUCAUCAUCUCGCAGUCCACAGUCCCGAGGGUCCCCAGGUCAAAGGGGCCCUCCACCCCAUGGCCACUCCUCAGGUCACAGGUCACCCUCACCAAGACAUUUUCGUGGCCACCCAGCUGACAAAAGGCCAGGCUCUGCACCAGCCUAUCAGGGUUCCUUCAGGGGUCCCAAAAGACAGCCAGAUUUCCCCCACCAGGAGCAAAGAUUUAGAGGCCCCCGUGGGGACUUUAGCCCAAGAGGAAGGCCCUUUGCGGACUCUGGUCAUGGGAUGAAGCGAUGGAACAACAACAACGGAGCAUUCGCUCAUCCACACAAUGGUGAACAUGGGCCCUCCGGCUCUCAGAGGAGCCCAAGAGAGAUGCAGGGAAGAGGCUCGUUUUCAGAGAGGUGGUCAUCACAGCAAGACUCCAGGAGGCAGCGUGGUCCAAUGGAGAGGCAGGGCGGCAGACCCCACAGCUUUGAGAGCAUAAAAGAUGUCCCUCGCCUGCCCCUGUUCAGACCUCCGCCUUGGAAAGGAGGCCCCCCACCAUCAUCGUCUUUCCAACGCAACCCCCAGGACAAGCAACUGACAGCCCCCCGUAAGCGGAGACUGUCAGACAUCAGCUUGUCCUCAUCAAGCCCUGCACAGGAUCAUAGUGGCCCCAAGUACCCCAGGAGAGAGAGAAUUCCACUCCUCAGUAUUCCCAGACCCUUUGGUGUUAAACCUUUAUCACUUAGGGAUAAAAGUUUCCUUUUUAAAGGCAGACAAAUGAGAUUUGAGCCCUCCAUGAGGCUUAGAAUGCCUCCACCCUUCAGACCCAGGCCUCGCUUCGGAGAUGCUCCCUACAGGGGACCUCCCAGCUCUAUUCUUGCUAUUAGGAAGAAGCGCUUCCAGUCGAAUCCGGUUCCCUUGAAAAAGCUGGAACCUAGGGACACAAGACAUCAACAAUCUCCUGACAGAGAUGAAGGUGCAGCAAGCAGGUCCCCACGAGACUCUGAUACCAGAAAAGAACAGGUGGAGUCCCGCCGGCCCUUGAAUACACACAGAGCUUCUUCUCCCGUUGAGAAACGCGACCUUGUUGUCGUGUCCCACUGGGCAGCUGGGCAGAGCACUUCCAAGGAAGACUCUCCUGCCAAAGAUAGUAGUCCAAAAAUAAAGACGGAACGUAAUCCUGGCAUGUCAAAAAUAAAAUCAAGGUCACCAUCCCCUGAUGACAGAAAACGGGGUUAUUUGGACAAGAGAAUAUUCAGGCAUGGUGACUUAAUGUCAGAUUCGCGGCCCUACAGGCGACCUGGACCCAUGCAGCGACGGUUUCUUGGUCCAAGGAGGCCUGGCCCUGAACCAUCUGGACAUUUUAGGAGACCACUCAUGGAGAGUCUAGUGCCACGGCCCUCUGCAAACCAGAAUCCCGUAUUCCGAAAAAGUUACAGCAUCAUGUCCAAAUACCGCAACAUGAGAGUGAUUCGACAACGUGCUCCUUACAACCGAGGACCCAACCAACAACGCUGGUGACCACUUCAGGGUCUAUUAUUGGAGACCUAGGAAAGGACUGCUAAUAUGAUACAUAUUGUACAUUAUGGUGUUUCUUACAUUUGGUUUAAGCAAUGAAACCCAACUUUAACAAAACCUUGUAGAUUACGGUGCUGUUGAGUGGUAUGUUUUGGGACUUCCUACACAAGACAAGGCUUUAAUUCAAAGAUUGGAAUUGGAUUUGCAACUUUUUUUUGUUUUUCAUUACAUAUUUCAGAAAUGGCACCUUUUUUGUUGGAUGUGCCUGUCAAGACACUCUGUUCCCUAUUGUACAUUGGUCUGUGUAAAGUCAUCUUUUUGAGG